AUGGCAUCCCCAGAUCCCCUGCUGCAAACUUUCUACGAUGCCAAGACUGAAUUUGAAAAGAGCCUCCCGUCAAACGUCCGAUUCCGGGACAUCCUCGCCGUAACCAGCGCCGACAAACUAUGGGACGCCAUGAACAAACUGCAGGCGGAGCAGGCCAAGAAAAGAAGGAUGCGCUGGUUGGGGAAAAUCGGCCCCUUCAUCGAGCGGCUCGAGAGUCUAUCAGGCGUAAUCGAGGUUUUCACUCAGGCAAAACCCGAAAUCAUGGCUCUCGUAUGGGGUCCCAUCAAGCUUGUCCUCAUGUGUGUCCGUCAGUGGUCCCAGGCUUUCGACGCCAUUGUCAAGAGCAUACAAAGGAUCGGGGAUCUUCUGCCUCAAUUCAACAAUGUCUUGCCGAGCUUUAUCAACAACAAGCACAUCAAGGAUGUCGUGGUACUCUUCUUUCAGGACAUUCUAGACUUCUACAGGGAGAUUCUGCAGUUUUUCACCCUACCUUUAGCAAAAGCCAUGUGGGAGACUGUUUGGCCGAAGCGUAAAGAGGCAAUCCGUGACGUCGAGGCCAGAAUCGAACUGCACGCGACACUUCUUCGCGACAACGUCACUUUUGAAGACAUCAGGAGGGCCGAAGAAGCCAGGGCCGCGUCCUUCAGAGAGUUUCGAGAGGCGGAGGCGCAGCGUUCGAAGGAAAACUUCCAAGCGUUGGAAAUCGCCAUCAACCCUCGGAUAUUAUUAUGGCUGCAGGGAAUUCCCGGGGCUGGAAAGACCUUUCUUGCCAGUUGGGUGGCCCUCGAAGCGAAGAAAAAGGGCCGUGUUGUGUACGCUUUCAACAGCUACAUCCACACUGACACCACUUCGAUAUCCAUCAUGCAUUCCCUACUAUUUCAACUAGCGUCGGAGGACGAGGACCUUCAAACCAUCUUGACCGAAUCCAACAAACGAGAUCUGAAAACCAACAUGGCCACUGCGAAGGAAUUACUUACUAACGCUCUCAAGGUUGUCGGAGGUGCCUUCGUCAUUGUAGAUGGGUUGGAUGAAGUUGAGGAAGUUGAGCGGAAGCUCUUCUUAAUCUCUCUGAUGGACGUUUUAGACGCCUGCAGAGAUACGACAACGAAGGUCUGCAUCAGCAGCAGAGCGGAGCAUGAUAUCACCCAAAUACUGGUGCCGAAGGCUACGACAAUUCGUGUUGAUAAGAAGAACAUCGUGGGGAUACAAGUCUACGUUGGCAGCAGGUAUAAACAGUGGAUGGCGGAGUCUGAUUUCUCAAGCCGAGGACGACAGGAGAUCCAAGCCCUGCUCUCCCCGAUUUCCGUCACAGCAAAAGGAAUGUUCUUGUAUGCUCGCAUCAUCAUCGACAAUGUAGUCGAUUUGACCAACAUCGACGAUGUCCGAAGAGAACUGAGAACUCUCCCAGCGAAUCUUGGUGCAGCGUACGAGCGUGUCUUCUCGCGUAUCAACCAUCUACCCAAGCAAAAGCAGCAAAGCGCCAAGAGGAUCCUCGGAUGGAUCGGCUGCUCGCCCACCCCACUCAAACAACACGAGCUUGAGCAGGCCCUACUUGUCGCGGCCAAGACUUACGACGACACGCCGACCGUCGACAGUUCGCUAAACAUCGUCAAACUCUGCGGGCCAAUCGUCGAAGUCGUAGACGGAACACUUCGGCUAGUGCACUUCACAGUCAAAGAGUAUCUCUUCGGUGGCGAAAAUGGGUUUGUCAGUAUGCAUCAAUCCAUUCUGGAUCUCGUUGACACGUGCGUUACCUACCUCUGCUACGACGCCCUCGGACCCGAUAUCGAAGAUGAUCAGUUAAAGGAAAACUUACUCGCAGGCAAAUAUCGUUUUCUAUCCUUUGCCUCGUACUGGUGGUUCGUCCUUGCCAAGCAAUAUAUACGCUUGACACGCGACAAGACACAGCUCGACGACGUCAACGGACUGCUGCGAAAGCUCUUUUCCGAACGAGAGAAUCUCAACUUUGAGGUUGAUGUCGGUAAUAAGGGGAAUACAGAGCAAGGGCAAAAAAAAGAUGGUCAGCCGAGCCAAAAGCGCCGGCAGUUGUGGUCAGGAGCUCCUGAGUUUGUCUCUGCUACAGUUUCGUUCUACAGGGACCAAAACGAUUUGUGGACCGGGAUAGUUGGACGUGCCGCGACCCCCUGUCUAUUUCAAUGUCAUGUGCCCGAGUGGAGAAUCUGUACCAAGAGCUACUCUGUCAUGGCCGAGAACCCAAGGAACCUGCUCAUAAAGAAGAUUGCGUAUGUGCGGACUUACAAAGGCACUACGGGAAAUACUUAUACAAGUGCCACUUCUUCUCAUGCCCUGCGCGACGUAAUGGAUUCGCUACGGAUACGGAGUGCAAACACCACCGAGAGGGACACAGCCGUCCAUGGAAGUGCUCGGUAUCACAAGGCCAUGCGAGAGGGUGUCUAUAGUAACCCUUCGGUCAUGGAGGAUGAGGCUCUAUAUCCCCUUCUUUAUGAGCUGGUGAUUUCCGGGAAUAUUGAUGAGCUUGAAGCAACCUGGCCGUCUUGUCGCCAAAAAGUGAAUGAGUUCACGAAGGCCGAACUACUUACCAUGGCGGCUGGCCAAGGGUCGCUCCCGAUGGUCCGACUAUUCCUGGAGUGGGAUGAGGAUCAGCACAAGCCUCGAAACGACGCUGUCAAAUUCAUCGUUGUGAUCCAAGACGCCAUCCAAAGUGCCAACCCGGAACUCAUGCGGUGGAUUCUGUGCAAGGCCGCCUACUGGGGAUCGGUUAGCGGCCGGAAAUACCGCGAUGUGGUCUUAGCGAUUGGAAAGUCUGAGUCGACCGAUGCGUUUGAUAUUUGGCAAGAAGUUAUCACCUCACUUCCAAGCCCCAACGACAACCUCAUUAAGGAAUUGUUCGAAAAGACGGUUCUUACCACUAUCAAUAAAUAUCCUGAUCAAGACGCGCGCCUUUAUGAUACCUGGAAGACACUGUACCAGAAGGGCCUACUAGAAAAGAACCUGGCCGAUCUUGGACGGGCACUCACAACGGUCGCGCGGACUACUUUAUCCAUCGAGCAGGCAACGGCAAUCCUUGCCUGCGGUGCUCCCAUUGAUUACCCCCGAACCUUGGGUGGCACAGGACACACGGCGCUGCACUGGGCAUGCAAGAACACGUCCCGCGAGGCAGCUCGGUUCAUAAAGUUCUUGCUCGUGGAGGGAGCGAACCCAUUCACCUCCUUCGGCAAGCUCGCCGCGGAGGAGGAAGGUGCCCGGAAGAUUGAGACUUGGUUGAACGUGACCUGGGAUGACCUCAUGGAAUGGGCAUUCCAACAGCGGCGUUCCAAAGGUCUUCCAAUUCUGCGCGAUAAACAGCGUUUUCCGCGUUACAAGUUGACUGGUAAGGAAUUGGAUGCUGCCAUCAAGGACAGAAGGAAAAUUGAGACCGCAUUACCCUUCACCAACGCUGCCGAUGGUGGCAAGCAUCACUCUACACUUCGGAUCGUUGCGAAACGCUCUCAUGGCGUCCUCUCGGCCUAUUAG